AUAAAUUCCAUUAACAAGCUUAAAAGUUGGAAACACAAAAAGAUUCCACGGAAAAAAAUUAGUAAUUUCUAGAUACCCACAAAACAAGUCUUUGUAGCUUUAACAAGAAAUGGCGAAAGAAUUCACGGUGCCGCCGGUGGUCUUCCCCUCCGGCGGCGGAGUCAACCCUUCCGUCGGAAACAUCAACCAACGCCGGGUACCCACUGCGCCAUUCCAACCCUCACGCCCUCCUUCCUCCUCUUCCGCUUUACCCUUCAUGUCUUUUGAUAUGGGUUCGGCCACAUCGUCGUCGGUAUCCUUAGGCGGUUCAAUCUCCUCCUCCGCAGCAACCGGAUCCGCUUCAUUCGAAGACGAAGAGCCCCUUCUCGAUGAACUCGGUAUCCACCCGGAUCAAAUCUGGUACAAGACCAGAUCCAUCCUCAACCCUCUCCGGGUGAACCCGACGGCCCAUAAAGACUCCGACUUAUCAGGCCCUAUCUUUCUCUACUUAUCCCUCUGCUUAUUCCAACUCCUCGCUGGCAAGAUCCAAUUCGGCGUCAUCCUUGGCUGGAUCGUCGUCUCCUCGAUUUUCCUCUAUGUCGUUUUCAAUAUGUUAGCGGGUCGCAACGGCAACCUAGAUCUUCAUACGUGUACGAGCGUGGUUGGUUAUUGUAUGUUACCGGUGGUGAUCUUCUCUGCAGCAUCGCUUUUUAUUCCCCAGGGGACUAGCGUUGCUAGGUACGCCGUGGCGGGGAUUUUCGUUGUUUGGGCCACUAGGGCUUGCACCAAUUUAAUGGUGGCACUUGCUGAUGGAGGUGAAGAACAUCGCGGCCUUAUAUCGUACGCUUGUUUCUUAAUCUACACUUUGUUUUCGCUUCUUGUUAUAUUUUAAUUGAAGUACAAUUUGCUUGUAUCUAGGGUUAGGUUCUUUUAGUGGAUACUAAUUGCUAUGUAUUCUAAAGAGGUUUUCUUUUUUUUCUCUUUUUUGGUUGAAUUUUGAUAUCUACAAUGUUGAACAGAACUGAAAUUUCAUAGAAAUUUGCCUUUUUAGCUCAAA